AGGCGACCGCGGCUGCAGACACCGGGGGACGUCAGUGUGGCCCCGGAGCUCACAGCCGCAACAGCCGCCGCUGCUGCUUCUGCCGCUGCCGUUUCUGCCGCUGGCACAGACGCACACAACACACAUAUUCUCCAUGGCAGGGGCCGUGUUCCGUACGCUGGCGCUGGUGGCGCUCCUUGCGGUGACUUACGGAAGCAGACACCAGGCUGCGUCGUCUUCCUCCGCUCUGGCCAAGUUUGUCCUCAUGUUCUCCAGACCGGGAGCCUUCAACCAGUCGGCGCCCGCGUUCGGCCUGCCGCUGGAGACGAGCACUUCGUGCCCUCCUGGAGAGGAAGGCCUGGAGUGCCGGCGCGCCGAAGCCCGCAGGCUGGCCGACACCUGCCCGGGAGGAGGUGACUGCAAGACAUGUGCCGGCUGCGAAGAGGCCAACGCCAGUGACUGGCCCCGCUGCUGCCAGCAUGGGGGCUACUGCUGCUACGAGCUGGUCGCUGCCUGCAACUCCUGUAACAUUACAGUCUUGCAGCCAUUCUGCAGCAAGCACCUGAAACGGUGCUUCGAAUCCAACUGAAGUUGUGCUUCAAAAAGCCACUAAAUAGGCAGAAGGGUGACAAAUUGGAAGCUAGUCACUAGGUGUCAUGCAGUUGAUUACACAUUCGUGCAUCAGACUGCUGUAGGACUGCUGUAGGACUGCUGUAGAGGUUCUCCUAUUUUUAAUUUGAAUAUUUAGUUCUUUCCAUAGCCAUCAAUUAAAUUUCAAAGGUUACAGUAUUGCAACUUACAUAUUGUAAGAAUAAAUAUUCUGUGUACAAAUAAACCAUCAUUACAGGAAAGAGACUUAAAUUUGCCUACCACCUGACUCACAUGUAUCAUGUCUCAUAUCAGCCUUAUUGAUUGUAUCCACAGAUGGCAGGCCCACUAUCUUUUGUACUUGCUGUCAGUCACUAAUAUUCAUGAAUGCAGAAGUAUUUGUGUGUAAUUUAAUACACAUUUGUGGUUGUUCAUUAACAGUUAAGAAUUAAAUGUAUUCUCCAAAGUAACUAACUGUAAACAACAUUGUGUUGAAUAAAUAUUUACAAAGUU